GGGACUGAUGAUUAACAAUGCCCUGGUCAACUAUGACUCACGAUCUAAUACUUUUCAAGCAAGGGAUCAAAAUGGAAGUUGGAAACUUAUAGGGAAGAACAUCGAGUGGGAUAUGGUGAGAGCUCCCUCACUUCAGAUUUCUCCAUAUCUUCUGCAUGUCUCUCACUCUUUACAAAACUUGAAACCAGAGGAUCAUAUUGAGAUUCAAUGGAGACCAAAUGCACAAUCUCCUUAUGAUUGGUUUUACGGUGUGAUUGGGCACUUGGAGUCGUGUAAUGAAAAUUGUUGUGAGUGUGUUUACAGUGAUACAUUGAUAGUGGAGUUCAGGCAAUUUCCUAAAGUAUCAAACUUGAGACGAAUAAAACUGUGCAGAAGGAAGAAGGAAGACCAAAAUGAUGGAAUAGGUGGCUACUGUGGAGGAAUCAGAAAGCUUGAGAACGAAGAUGAGAUUAAAAAAUGGAACAACCUCUUACUUCAACUUCAGAUGAUACAUGUGUUACAUUUGUCUCCAACGGGGCCUCCAAUAAUAGGACAUGUCCAAAGGCUCUAAAAGUAAAUCUCAGAAAGUUUGUGACUAAAAUGCUGCUGAAGCUGAUUGUUGCUGAAGAAACAUUGCUGCUGUAAUAUAUAUAUAUAUAAUCUAAAAUAGGUUGGAACAUGAAUUUAAGAAGAAACUCUUUCUCUUGUAUUUUGAAAGGAG